AUGCUGUCUAGUCGCGGUAAUUGGUGGCCCAUAACUAUCACUGACAAAUGGCCCAUGGGCUCGGUGCUGUUCCGAUCCCCAGCAGCUCGGAGACCAGUUUGCCAGAUGGCCAAGCUACACUUAUUUGUAUUCCGUGGACCAUCAUUCACGCGAAUGUUUCACGAAUUAACGGACAACGUGUCAGCUGCUUCGAAACGAGCGCAAACAUUAUCAGUUAAAGCAUGUGAUUUGGCAGGCGAAGCGAGGUGUUUGAAAUUUGGCAGAUGGCCCGGAGCCUCGUGCCGCUUUGGCCAGUUAUUGAGCGACCACAAACACAUCGAGCAGCAGUACGAGAUGUUGGAGCCUUGGAUGGUCAAUCCUUCUAGCCUGGACGAGGAAGGACAAAUUCUCACUGUCCUUAAAAUACUUUGUGGAUUGCGGAUGACGGUCACGGACCUCGUGUUGCACUCGAUCCCACAAAGAAUCACAAAGACCCUCGAUGACAACUUGAGAGAUGGAGGUCGUUAA